UGAGGUUAGUUUGGAACGAAGAUGCAUGCAACACUUGUGAUCGUGGCCGGAACUCUGCUCCUCACGGGCAACUGCCGGGCGCAGUUCAAGAACAUCUCAGGUUGUGGCGACGAAGAUAUCGACGCAUGCGGCACGGACUUCGUCGUCUUCUCGAGGUCGCCAAGACUUCCUGAGGACCCCGUCGAACUUAGCAAGGCUUGCGAAAUAGAAAUGAAGAGUCUACUGUGUGCUAGAGACUACGCCGUGCGUUGUCUGGAAGGACUGGCUCAUGGCGCCGCCCUGGUGUCCAUUGGAACCAUUCAGGAAGAACAAGAGAAGAAAUGUAAUGCAGACGGGCCUGGACAGCGAACAUACUUCGAACACGUCCAGUGCAUGAAUAAGGCAGGAGACGAGCUCCACCAAUGCGUCAGGACAUUCCAAGAGUCUCUGGUGAAGACUGCACGCUAUGCGCCUUCCAAGCAGAGGGUUGCCUACUCGUGCUGCCAAUACGCUGACUUCUACGACUGUACGGAACGAGGCCUGACGGACUACUGCGGAAGGCCGGAUACAACUCAACACGUCAUGGAAACCAUCGACAACUUGUUCGGCAACAUCCUGAGCCUCGUCUGCGGUGCAUACCAGAAAGGCUCCAAGAACUGUCUCCAACUCAAGCCUCUGCCAAAGAUCAAUGGGAAUGAGAAGCUUCCUGUUGGGUUUCUCUCACCCUUGAAAGACAUCGUACGGGUGUAAACAAAAUCAAUCAUCGCUGUCGUCACCUUCAUAAACAUUUUC